AUGGAAUUGGCACAGGAAGCCGAACAACAAUGGCCCGAAGUAGCAAGAAUCAUUCGACAGGAUUUCUACGUAGACGAUCUCUUGACAGGAGCAAACACGAAAGAGGAGGCAAAGGAGCUAGCACACAAGGUAUCCAAAAGACAAAUACUGUCCGAAGUGACUCGGAUAUUCGAUCUGUUAGGACUUUUGGGUCCAUGCCUAAUACUCGCCAAGAUUCUGCUACAAAAAUUGUGGAUGUACAAGUUAUCUUGGGAUGAAGCAGUUCCAGCUGACUUGCAUCAUACUUGGAUAUCGUUUCAUGCUGCACAAGGGGCGUGUGGAGCAUGCACAUAUGUUACUAUAGUUCAGAAGAUCAUCAGAAUACAAGAGCUCUGUGCGGCUCUCACACUUGCACGAUUAAUGAAGAAGGUAUUAAGUUCCUUAAAUAUAGUGUUCGACAAGAUUACGUACUGGAGCGAUUCCACCAUAGUACUCAAUUGGAUACAAACGCAACCAAGCAAAUUACAAGUAUUUGUAUCAAACCGUGUCGCAGAAAUACAAGAACUAACGGAUAUUCGUAACUGGAGACAUGUACCAACAGAACAAAACCCAGCCGAUUUACUUUCACGGGGCGUAUUUCCAAAUCAACUGCGGCAAUCAGAACUCUGGUGGCACGGUCCGUUAUUUUUGUCAAAUUCAGAAGAUGAAUGGCCUGUUACACCUCAAUCAGAAGUUCCAACAAUGGAAACAAGACGUACGGUUGGUGCAGUUAAACGCAUCCAGCCAGCUAGAUCAUUCAUAUUUGAAAUUAGCAAUAGCCUAAGGCGUUUGAUUCGAGUAGUAGCAUAUUGCAGGCGUUUUUUGAAUAACUACAAAUUUCGAAGUAGAUCUGAGUCAACAUGUCUAACAGCUACCGAGCUGAAGGAUUCAUUACACAAUCUUGCGAAGCUAGCUCAAGAGGACUCCUUUCCAACCGAAAGGCGAAUACUUCUGCAAGGAGAAUCCAUUACGAACGGAAAAUUAGCAGCACUCAAUCCGUUCAUUGGUCAGGACGAUCUGAUACGUAUAGACGGAAGAUUAAGAAACUCAGAGUUCCACUCAGAUAAAAGGCAUCCCAUCGUUUUGUCGGCAGAUCAUCAAUUUACAAGGCUAUUAUUCAAAAACGAACACGUGACUUUAUUACAUGCAGGACCACAACUACUCUUGAGCUCAAUUCGUGAGCAGUUCUGGCCGAUCGGAGGCAGAAAUUUAGCUCGAAAGACAGUACAUGAUUGCAUUAAAUGUUUCCGGAGCGAUCCCAAGCAGUCGACAACUCCAAUGGGAGAGUUGCCCAAAUCGCGCGUAUCUCAGACAAUGCCUUUUCACAACACGGGAGUGGACUAUGCAGGUCCUUUCAUAGUAAGAGAUAGAAAAGGGAGAGGGAGCAAAACGAGCAAGGCAUUCGUAUGUUUGUUCGUUUGCUUCGCGACUAAAGCGCUUCAUCUGGAAUUGGUAUCUAACUUAACGUCAGAGGCAUUCAUCGCUGCACUUAGACGGUUUUCGGCUCGACGCGGUAAACCUGCACACAUAUAUUCCGAUAACGGAAUGAACUUUGUCGGAGCAAACAGGGAAUUAAGAGAGUUAGCGCAAUUGUUAACGGACAAUGCGGAAUCAAUCGAAAAAACUAUAAAUGAAAUCGGCAUUAGUUGGCACUUUAUACCUGCGCACUCACCACAUUUUGGCGGUCUGUGGGAGGCCGGGGUGAAGUCCACCAAAUACCACUUAAAACGCGUAGCAGACAACGCAGUCCUGACAUACGAGGAACUUUACACAUUGUUAGUUCAAGUUAAAGCGAUAUUAAACUCUCGCCCUUUAACUCCCAUGUCAUCCGAUCCCAACGAUCUUGUUCCUAUUACUCCUGCUCACUUUCUUGUUGGUCGUCCGCUCACUUCACCAGCAGAUCUUACGCUAACAGAAUUGCCAGAAUCUAGGUUGUCGAGGUGGCAAUUGGUCCAAAGGCUUCAGCAGCAUUUCUGGGCGCGGUGGAGCAAGGAAUACAUCUCAGAAUUACAACAGCGCGUGAACAAGAUGAAGUCAACCAAACCCAUCGCUGAGGGCACGAUGGUACUUAUCAAGGACAGCAAGUGA